AUGGCGUCUCACAAUGACGCACCCGUUGAUUCAUCAACAUCCCGUCCUAACCGCGGCAACAACGGCAACCACAAUCGUGGUGGCCGAAGGAAUGGCAGAGGACAUCGUGUACGAGGCCGAGGGAGAAACAAUGGACGUGGCGGAGGUCGUGCUCCACAACAGCAGUGGCCUUCACCAUAUUACCUGCAUCAGCAGUGGGCUUAUCCGCCGUACCCAAAUCAAUAUCAACAAUGGAGCUCCCAGCCAUGGAAACCAUGGGCUACACCACCUUGUCUGGCAUCCUUGGUCCCAAGCCAACAAGAAAUCCAAAGGAACAACCUGGCAUCCUUGGUCCCAAGCCAUCUUUACCAAUCUUAUGUCUCCAAUGCAACACCAACCUCCUCAUAUGCUCUAACAAAUAUUCAAGCUUCCAUGCAUACUCUCUCACUUUCUACUCCUGAUGAUCAGUGGUACAUGGACACCGGAGCAACCUCGCAUAUGACGGCCAACGCAGAUAAUGAUGUGUCAGUUGAAUUUGAUCCUUUUGGUUUUUCUGUGAAGGAUUUUCAGACAGAAAUACUCUUAAUGAGAUUUAACAGUUCUGGUGACCUCUAUCUCAUUGCCACAAGACCACCUAAUAAAACCUUGCCACCAUCCACCUUUGUCGCGUUAUCCACGGAAUUAUAG